AACUCGACACAACAUCACCAAGACCAUCGCGAAGUCUUGACAUCUUUGUUUCUUUCGCGUCGCCAGUACUACAUCAUCCAAAGCGCACUUCUGCCACUCCCUUUCAUUUAGAGGUCCUUCCUCCCUUUGCGCAAAGAACUCAUCAGAAAGCUGACACGCGACUAUCCAGAAUCCUUCAAAUCCUUCCGUUCUUUUCAAGUUCCCAUCAACAAAUAUACAAUCUUUACAAUGGCGGAGGAAGAUGCAGAGAUAGCUCUCUUGCAUCAAAUGCAGGCGGGGCAAGAUAGCAUGGCUUGGGAAGAUGAGGGCGCAAAUGGAGCCGCAGAGGGCGAGCUACCUUCAAAUACUGAGCAUACAAACGAUCAAGAUGUCAAAAGAGAAAAUGUUGCAGAUGACCAAGUUCUUCGUGCUUUAUCUCCUUCAGGAUCUGCUGCGGAAUCAGAUGGUGGCGAAUAUGACCCAGCUUCUCUUUCUUCACUUCCUGCAAUCUCUGUCGCCGCAGGUGAAGUAGAAUCGAGAUCAAGCUCGAGAGGCUCAACUCGGAAACCGAAAACUGUGGGAGGAUUUAUUGCCGACGAUUCAGAUGAAGAGUACGAUGCAGCAACACCAGUGCAGGCCGCGGGAGGCUUACAGCCAGCAGCAAUUAACAGCUCUUCUCGAGCACUUUCCCCUUCUCCACUCCACAACUCUGUCACUCCGCAAGAUUUGCCAACAACUCCCGAGGAUCAAGGUGAUUCAACGGCUGCGCAAUCUUCAUUCAAUCUUCCCGUGAACACAAGUGUUACUGGAGCUACUUCUGUACCAGCUCCAGCAGCACAGGUACUGACCUCUGCAGCUCCGGCACAAGAUGUGUCUCUUCCAAAGGCUCGCCUUCCUCAUGACAGAAUUGGUAUACUUGAGGAUCGCAUAAAGGAGGAUCCACGAGGAGAUAUGCAAGCUUGGAUGGCAUUGAUCGAUGAACAUCGGAAGCGUAAUAAGCUUGAUGAUGCGCGUGCAGUAUAUGAACGGUUCUUGAAAGUAUUUCCUCAAGCUGCCGAAAUCUGGGCCGCAUAUGCCGAAAUGGAAUUGGAAAACGAUAACUUCACUGCCGCCGAAAACAUAUUUGGUAGAUCUCUGCUGACUGUCGCCGAUGUCCAACUUUGGCUUGUGUAUCUGAACUAUAUUCGACGGAGGAAUGAUCUUAUGAACGAUGCCACGGGAACUGCGCGAGCCACAGUUUCUCAAUCCUACGAUUUUGUCCUGGCUAACAUCGGCAUUGACAAAGACUCUGGCAAAUUAUGGCAAGAGUAUAUCCAAUUUGUUCGGGGAGCCCCAGGUCAGAUUGGAGGGAGCAGCUGGCAGGACCAACAGAAGAUGGACCAGCUUCGUAAAGCUUACCAGCGUGCCGUCAAUGUCCCGAUGUCUUCGUUGAACGGCUUAUGGAAAGAGUAUGAUCAGUUCGAGAUGAGUCUUAACAAGAUAACUGGUCGUAAAUUUUUGCAAGAGAAGUCCCCGUCGUAUAUGUCUGCACGAAGCGCGAAUACAGCUUUGGAGACCAUCACUCGUGGACUCGUAAGAACGACCCUCCCUAAAUUACCUCCUGCUCCUGGAUUUGAGGGCGACCAAGAAUAUCAAAUGCAGGUCCAAUUAUGGAAGGGCUGGAUCUCGUGGGAGCAAGAAGAUCCUUUGGUACUGAAAGAUGAAGAACCCGAAACUUACAAGCAGCGAGUCUUGUACGUUUACAAGCAAGCAGUCAUGGCCUUGAGGUUCUGGCCAGAGAUCUGGGUCGAUGCGGCAGAUUGGUGCUUUAACAAUGGCAUGGAGAAGGAUGGAGACACGUUCUUGAAUGACGGUUUCCAGGCCAAUCCGGAGAGUUGCUUGAUGGCCUUCAAGAAAGCAGAUCGUCUCGAGUCAACACUAUCAACAGGCGAUUCUGACAAGAGCUUGGCAGAGCGUGGUGCGAUUGUGCGUGCGCCUUUCGACAAGCUCUUGGAUACGCUGUACGAAAUGGCAAAACAAGUCAAGACUCAAGAGGCUGCGGAGUUGAAAAAGGUCGAGGAGACUCCUUAUGUUGACGACAUUGAUGCUUCCAUCAGAGCUAUCACCAAAGCAGACGACGAUGAAGACAACGAUGCCGACACACAGUAUCAAGAGGCUGCCAAAGCUGCUCGACGCAAGGUUGUCCAAGAGAGCUAUGCACAGCAGACCGAGCUUCUUUCUCGUACAAUCUCAUUUACGUGGAUUGCGCUUAUGAGAGCCAUGCGUCGCGUCCAAGGAAAGGGAUCUCCCAAAGACUCAGGGAAAGAUGCUGUUGGAGGGUCAAGAAAAGUUUUUGCCGAUGCCCGAGGACGCGGAAAGCUCACAAGCGAUGUUUAUGUUGCGGCUGCUUUGAUUGAGCACCACGUCUAUAAAGAUCCGGCCGGCACGAAAAUCUUCGAGCGAGGAGCCAAACUCUUUCCCGAAGAUGCAGGCUUUACUUUGGAAUACCUCAAGCAUUUACUGUCAAUCGGAGAUACUACAAAUGCGCGAGUCACAUUUCAAACAGUAGUGAGCCGGUUGACCCAGAAGCCAGAAAUGGCAGCCAAGGCAAAGGCACUCUACGCAUAUUUUCACAAGUACGAAUCACAGUACGGGGAGUUGUCACAGAUUGCCAAGCUGGAGCAAAGGAUGGCAGAGAUUUAUCCUGACGAUCCGAAGUUGUCUCAAUUCGCUGCAAGAUAUAGUGGAGAGGGCUUCGAACCCACUGGCAUUCGUUUAAUCGUCUCACCAGCGACACAGGCACGCCCAAAGGGAGUUAUGCAAUCUAUCGAACAACCACAGCCUGUUAUGCAGGUCAGCCCUCGGCCUCAAUACGCUCAGGAGGCAAGUCGAAGUCCCAGACCGCACUACAUCCAAACAACAAAUUCACCAAAGCGGCCCUUCCAAGGCGAUGAUCAGGACAAUGACCUAAAUCGACCUCGUAAGCUUGCUCGUGGCGAGUCUCCGCUAAAAGGUGCAGCUGGACGUCGACUCGAUCAACAGAAGCGUCUCCAGCAAGGCACCCCAUCUUGGAAUGCUCCCCCAUUCGUAGUACCUCGAGAUAUCACAUUCUUGCUUAGCAUCAUCCCGAGAGCUGAGCUCUACUCAGCCACCAAGUUUAAACCAGAGGCUCUGGUGCGACUCCUCCAGAACGCAAUAGUGCCGGACUACAACACGUGGAAGCAAGCAAAAGAGGAGUCUCAAGCACCGCCUCCACAACGAUAUGGUAAUAAUCCUUCCUAUAUCGCAAUCCCAAAGCCCCAGAAACAACCACAGACACAGCAGGUCCAAGCAGUAUACACUCCAGUGGAAUGGAAUGGCAACAGUAAUGCCUACCACAAUCCAGACUAUCGUGGCUCUCCUAUUCCUAACUAUGGCGGUCCCAAGGGCUGGCAGGGUUAUGGAGGAAGGGCUCCUGAAUAUUCAUCCCAGCCAAGUAUUCAACCGACGUACGUAACAUCAGAGCAAGUUAGAUCUGGUGACUAUUACGGAGUUGAGUUUGGAACUGGUAAUAGGACGCCUGCUGCCCCUCCUCGCUUGUUGCCUGCGGUUAGCUGGUAUUGAUUGAAGCUGGUUGGAAUAUUCUUGCUAACUUUGGUUCGCAAUCAGGAUAUUACGGUCGAUAAGACAAUCACGUCAAUUUGAAUCUUUCGAAUAGCUGUCCAGCUACAUUUCGAUUCUUCCUCCGUCAGCCGACGAUUGCAAUGUACUAUAUUAACACAUACCAGGGCAGGGUGAAGAUAAUGGCAGGGAUUGACAUGCAAGGGCAAGCUUUUUGGAAUAAUGCUUGCUUGUAUUAUAGGGGUGGUCAGCGCGAUGAGGUGGGAUUUAUGAAUGGAGACGCGGGAAACGCAUUGGGAAGGGGGUUUACUUCAACUCCUUACGUCCCGUCUAUUUCCGCAUGCAUGACAAAUUUUAAAUGGCUGAAGUCCACGUGGCAAUGGAGCAUACUGUUUACAGCGUACCAAAAACAGUCUUGAUGAUCGAUGCAUGGCGUUCUGGUUGGUAGUCAUGAUGCAGGGAAAGCAAAAUGUAUCAUAGAGGCCCUGCAGAAAGGGAUGGAUCUGCCGCGAGGUGUAAUAAUUCAAUCCAGCUUUUUGCUACUGGAUGUUUUUCCUGUCGUUCAUUGCUCUCCAUCGUACUUAUUUUACGUCCUUAUCGUCUUACUCUUGUUCUGAUCUUUCACCUGCUUUCUAGCUGCUUUGCUUGUCGUUUGCGUUGCCGUCCUCGUUUAAUUUGAUCUGAAAUGCCUGCUUGAUCGCUUGUGAUUUGGCUUUGCUUGCUGGCUAAUUUUCAUCCAAUACCAAACAAAUUGUUAUCUCCAGAGCAAGCUGCACUUGAAACUGUUUCAUUCCAGCUCUGUAAUGGAAGAAGGGAACGAUCUUAGCGUGUAGAAUCUCCUACUACUCGGUCAAUGCUGGAGCUCGUGUUCAGCCUCGGAUACUGAAGUAUCAAGUCGAGAGAGGAUUUGGGAUGUUUCAGUCAGUCGGCUGAUCAAUCCGAGGACGUUGCCUUUGAUUCAUGUAUGGCCGUUUCCAGAUAUGGUACAUUACGGCCAACCUUGACUCCACAAGGUUGGCUCAUCUAUUGGGUCUCGCGUGAGCAGAUGUAUGUACACAUUUAUUUAUCUUGCUGUUUCAUCGCUGCCUCCAACGCCACGUUGCCACACGCAAUACAAUUCAAACCAUCUGCUCCAAAAACGUCCCAACAGCAAAACCUCUGAGUAUGGAUAUUAGACGCGUCAUGUCUCUGGCUUGUUUCAAAGUCGAGGCCCCGCAGCAGAAGUCUGCUUCUUCUUCUGGCAAGUGAUUGAGCGACUUGGAAGACGAAGCUAAUGCCGACACUGUCCACUUUGGGAAGCUCGGCAUGUAUCAAAGCGACUCUUCGUUCUUUGGAUACUGUAGCAAUUUGGGGUUGAGAAUGGAUCAUAUCUUGCUAUGUCCGGAACACUCUGCGCUGCUGGGCUAGGUAGAGGUGUGUUUACAGCAAUUCUGCAACAGCAAGGAACGUGUAAACACCGCGGUAGACAUGCUCAAGUGCGCUAUGGGACAAUGUAAUUGUAUUUGGAUUGGAUUAAAGUCUAUAGUUCUAUCACAAGGC